CGGGCGCUGACACAUCUCACUCUCUCAACCACGUUGCAAACUCCUCCUCCGGUAGCCUAGUGGCAUUGAAGAAGAGGAAUUUGGGGAAAGAAAAGGAAGAGGCGGCGGCGCCCGUAGUGCCCCAACGGCCCGUAGCCUUGGGCUGGAACAGGGAAAGCGCGAAGAAAUAAAAGCAAAACCGACCGCGGGGCGCAGGGGACGCCUAGCCGCCACGCCACGGCCUUCUUGAGCGAAGCGUGACCUCCCAGCACGACUGCAGCCCACGGCGUCGAGAAAACAAGCAGACGAUUCAUUUCCCACGAGCCGCAAGUCGGACCCGCACUGGAGUAAUACUUUCUCUGAAGUCAUGCUAGGCAGAAUUGAAGAAAUGUUUGUGGUAGCCAUAGAUUUCUUUGCAAACUGAAAGCUCAAAGAACUUGGACCUUAUCUUUUUUGAGGAGUAUCCAGCCCUUAAAGGCUUCCUUGGAUGAUCUAAGAGAUAUACAGCUGUUUUGAAAAAUACCCUGAAAUGUGAAGUUUUCCCUCCCUCUUUUUUCUCAUAAGAAGUAGCAAGGAAUUUUAGUAACUAUGGAAUUUUGCUGAUUGCUGAGUGGAGAUCCUGAGUUUAAUGUAACAGACUAACUUUAGUAUUAAAAAUAUUAUUGACUCAAUUUUUUCUAUUAUUGUUUGAGCAAGUAAACAUUUAAAAAUGGAUAAAUAUGAUGAUCUGGGUUUGGAAGCAAGUAAAUUUAUAGAAGACCUCAAUAUGUAUGAAGCCUCCAAAGAUGGUCUCUUUCGAGUAGACAAAGCUGUUGGGAAUAACCCAGAAUUUGAAGAAACCAGAAGAGUUUUUGCUACAAAAAUGGCCAGAAUUCAUCUUCAGAAACAACGAGAACAAGAGGAGCUGAUGCAAGGACCCUCAGGGGCUUCAAAUGGUGGAGUUGGUUUUGGUGCUCAGCUUCCAAGUUAUUCUGUAGCCAGGGACACCUCAGAAACAAGUAAAUUGCAUUCAGGAGAAAAUGUUGCUAAGCCCCCUUUGGCUGCAUCAUCAACCGUGUGCGCAGGUCAUCAGCUUGCUUUCCCAAGCCAGCCUCAAGGUCACAGUGAUGGAGAGCGAACAAAAUUAUAUCAAGAUGACUAUGGAUAUAAUGACAAUCUACGGGGUUCAGAAGCUCCUGGAGGACUCAGUUGCCACAGACCAGGUCAGAUGAACCCAUGUAGUUCUAAGGCAGUUCUUCCUUCACUGUCAUGGGAUGAGCAUAGCAAUGGUGAUAAUCAAACAGCUAUUCAAGGAAGGAGGAAAGAUGCUGGUAAGCUUUGCAGCCAGAAAUCCAAUAUGGGCUCCCAUUUAUGGUCAAAUAUUGGCCAAGAUGAGUCAUUGCAGAGAAGCCCUACAAAACCUCACACAGAUCUUCAUCUAUGCCAACAAUCCCAGAGCCCUUACAGAACUUCAGAAAGUGGGUAUGGAAGUCAGGAAAGUGGAAAUGAAGGUUCCGGACUUAGUAAGAGCUGUAGCCAAAACCGAGUGUGCCAGAGAUCAUCAUCUUUUUCUCAUGCUAGUACCCCCUUGUCGUCUUCAGUUGGGAUUGGUGAUGAAUCACCCAUGAGAUAUUCACAGCAGAGGUCUUCCUCAUGUUCUGUUUCAUCAACACAUCCUUCUCAGAGUCUUUCAAAUCAGUCUGUUAAUUUUCAUCCAAACAGAAGCAGUGAUGACAGCCAUUCAAGACACAGUGAUAGCACUCAACCUCCAAUUUCUACUCCAGUACCUUCAAGUGCAGAUUAUCAGCAGCACAAUAUUCAUCCAUACACUUCAGAUCAUUUUGUAGUUCAUGGUCAAAAUCACAGGCUUGCUUCUGCUGGAUCUGGCCUGAGUCUUGAGCAGGAUUCCAUCACUGCAGCAUCUCAUGGACCAAUGAUUUCUGAUGUUCCCAAAUCUCCUUUUAAGGAGGGUAUCACCAUUCAGCAGCAUGACUCUGGUCACCAAGAAAUGUCUGGUUCUGCAAAAAUAAAAUUACCCUGUCAGAUGCUCCUUCCACAGCAGGAACAAGGGCCCUCUACUGCUGAAUUAAAAUUAGAAGCUCUUACUCAGCGCCUAGAGCAGGAGAUGGAUGCAUGUCCCAAGGCUGACUACUUUGGAACCUGCGUGAAAUGCAAUAAAGGUGUAUAUGGUGCGAACCAGGCUUGCCAGGCAAUGGGGAAUCUUUACCAUGAUGGAUGCUUCACCUGUGGAGCAUGUAGCCGAAAGCUGAGAGGGAAAGCCUUUUAUUUUGUUAAUGGGAAGGUAUUUUGUGAAGAAGACUUUCUGUAUUCAGGCUUCCAGCAGUCAGCUGAUCGGUGCUUCAUAUGUGGCCAUUUGAUCAUGGAUAUGAUUUUACAAGCUUUGGGGAAGUCUUACCAUCCGGGCUGCUUCCGUUGUGUGAUUUGUAAUGAAUGUCUUGAUGGAGUACCAUUCACAGUAGACAGUGAGAACAAAAUCUACUGUGUCAGAGAUUACCACAAAGUUUUGGCACCAAAAUGUGCAGCUUGUGGUCUUCCCAUUCUGCCAACUGAAGGAUCUGAUGAGACUAUCCGUGUGGUGUCAAUGGACAAGGAUUACCACGUAGAGUGUUACCGCUGUGAGGACUGUGGAAUGGAACUAAAUGAUGAAGAUGGUCAUCGUUGCUACCCACUAGAUGAACAUUUGCUUUGCCACUCUUGCCACCUUAAGCAUAUAGAGAAAGGCACCAGUCCUGUAGCUUCCUACUGGCAUCACUAUUAAUCAGUACUGCUGAAGUUCCCAGAAGCCUGUCAGAGGAGCUCAUCGAUUUCUGGGGAACAGCCAUUUCCCUCAGCUGUGUGGGAGUGAAGACCUUUUAUGUGCAUAGGAGACUGACAAAAUACAUAAAGUAACAUCCGGAGUAAUUUGUAGUUUCUGUGCCCUUAGGCUGAAAAAUGGGGAAGGGAUGAAAUUAUUUCUUUUGGAUCAUUUGAGAAGAACCAUUAGAAGCAAAUCAUGACACACUGCUUUCCAAUUUGUAGACCUUCAGAUCUGUAUGUAAGUCAGUAAUCUUUUUAUGGUUCCUUCAUGUCCUUUGUGGAAAUAAAAUAGAUGUUUCAUCAGCUGGUCCUGUUGGUCACUAGCCCUUUAGUUUUUAGCUCUGGAAAUCUCUUGGAAUACAUUAUCAGUGUGUUCUCUUAGUGAGCUUAAUGACAGAAAGUUAACAUUUUGUUUCCCUUCUGCCUCCCCUUUUAUGAUUUGAUCCAAACUCUAAAAAUUGCACACGUUUUGAAAAUAAUUGAUCUAGUAUUUUCUCCAUUUCAUUUAGACCCCAGCCCUUCUACCCAAUGUCAGAAAUGAGAUGGCACUGAUAUAUGAAAUACGAGGUAGUCAGAAUCAGCCAAGGAGACAGUAGCUGCUUUUAUAACUUUAAUUUGAGCACUUGGAACAAUGUGAGAUGAUAUGAACUUUUAAGAUAAUUUUUUAGAGAAACACUGCAAGAAAUAGAAGUAUCUCUACAGUACUGGAGGAGGAAAAACUAGUGUCUGUAACAUUCUUGUUGAACCCCUGUGCCUUAAAUCACAGAUGUUACAUUUAAUACUUGUGAAAUUAAAUCUUGUGUACUUCUGGUUACUAAUUCUUGGGAUAAACCUAAGCAGAUACAUUAUUGUUAAUUUAAUUUUUUUUUGCCCCAGAUGUUUAUCAUUUGUCCGUAUACAACCCAACUUUACUGUGUGCCAAUAAACUAAUUUCACAUCA